AUGGGAGAUAGAGAGAAAAAGUCACCAGCAAGGACUUUAUCACCAGAGAAGGCUCACACCUCAUUGUCCAAGCGUUCUCUUGGAGUACAGGGGCAGCCAGAACCUGAGCUGCUAGCUCACACAAAAACUACCGUCAAUCUAUACGGAUUCAUUGAUCUCCUAUCCGGAUUUUACCAGGAUAUUCAAUCCAGCAAGCAAGAGCUACCGGAAGAAACUAUCGAAUUGAUUUCUCGCACGUUGCAAUUCGCACGUUUGCGACUCCAAGGAGCGAACGAGGACGACUCUAUCCAAUCGCAUGUCGUCGCACUUACAAACCUGAGCAAAGUUAUUGGCUCGGCUCACCCUGUCGCAUUAUUUGGAAUCGCGACCUUUGCUAUCUUCGAAGUAUGCUGCGGCCCAUUUGGCAAAUGGCAACGUCAUUUGCAUGGUGCACGCUCGUUACUUGACCUUCACUGUCAGACCAAAGCGGAGCUGGACAGUCUCACGCAACGGAUACCCGGAAUCGCCGACGUCUUAGGCUACCUAGUCUGGUUUGAUGUCACAGGCACAUUGAAUCGAGGUGACCAAGCGUUGAUAUUUGAUGACUGGCAUCGAGAGAUCUUGUCUCCUGAGUUCUUCAACUCAGUAGGCUGUCCACCGGAUUCAUUCGACCUCUUUGUGCACCUUGCCAAAGGAGGAACCGAUCUGGAACCGAUCGACCUGAGUUCCCGAGCAAUGGCCCAGAUCCUACAUCUUUCUACGAAUGACUCUACAGAUCGUGGUCUUGCUUGUAUCGUAUUCAGAGGCUCGGCCGCGAUCGAGGCGUUUGCUCGUGUUGGUGAAAACAGUCUUUCUCCAACACCCUCAACAUAUGCCAAUGUAAUUUCAUUAAUGGUGGAUAAAGUUUGCGACGCAAUUGCAAGUAUCCCAACAUCGUCGCGAUUCUACGUGCAUCUGGCCACACCCGCUUAUCUGACGGGAAUGUACGCUACCAGGUCUCCGCAAUGCGAGGUGGUGCGGGCCUAUUGGCAGAAUUGCCAAAUGUGCGACUUUCCGCGUUAUCCGGAUGGCCAAGAGCUAUGCGAGCAGAAAUGGAGGAGCGAAGGAAUUAUAUAG